GGUCAGUCCGUCCUCUCUCAGUCGUGUGUUUUUAGAGCAAAAAAUGCUUUCUUCAGAGUCCCCUUAUUCUUUCCUCCUUCUCUCCUUCAAACCCCCUUAAAACUCCUCAAUUUCCUCCUCAAAAUUACUCUGUAAUUCGGCAUUAUAUUCCUCUCUCUCUCUCUCUCUCUCUCUCUCUCUCUCAACUUUCUCUAAAUUUAGCUCAACUUCCUUCAUUGAUUCUGCUAUUUUUUUUUCCAUAGAUUUGAUCAUUCCACCAUGAAUCUCGUGACAAAAUCUUUCUGGGUUUUGCUAUCCUCUGUUCUUCAUUUCUACACACUCUGUUUUUCGUACCCAACUCCAUUGAACUGUACAGACACAACUCGUCUAUGCACAUCGUUCUUGGCCUUCAAACCAAAUUCAAACGAAACCCUUUCGGUGAUUCAGAGCAUGUUCGAUGUGUUACCCGAAGACGUAACAGUCGAAGGCAAUGGCAGAGACUACGUGUUCAUCCGAAAGAACUGUUCUUGUGCUUCGACUACCUACAAAUACUUGACUAACACUACAUACACUGUGAGGGAAAAUGGUGGAUCUGUACACGAAAUGGUGAUUGAGGCCUAUGAUGGGUUGGCCUUGUUGCCCAAUUUCAGUCGCGCCGCUCGAGCAGGUGCCGUGGUGUCGUUGGAGUUGUUUUGUGGGUGUUCGAGUGGGUUGUGGAAUUACUUGAUGAGUUAUGUGAUGACUGAUGGGGAUAGUAUUCAAUCAUUGGCGAGUAGGUUUGGGGUUAGUAUGGAUAGUAUCGAAACUGUCAAUGGGAUUGACAAUCCUGAUAAUGCUACUGUUGGUGCACUGUACUAUAUACCUCUAAAUUCAGUUCCUGGCGAGCCAUAUCCUAUAGAGAAUGACAUCCCUCUUGCUCCUGUUCCAGCUCCAUCUGUGGACAGUGUUGUUGCAGAAAAUCAGGCAAACGGGGAUCAUAAGACACACGUGCCAUAUGGGUGGAUCAUAGGGAGUUUGGGGGUUGGUCUGUCUCUGAUCAUUCUAGUUGUAUUUAUUUUUGUUUCCUUGAGGUCGUCAAGCUGCUUUGAUAAAUCCCGUGGAAGUCAUGCAAAAGACCUUAAUGAGAAAAUUUCUCACAAGUUUCAUAUCCUUCGAAACACAAGUUUCUGUUGUGCUUCUGGGAGGUAUAUCUGUGGCAAAUCUGGAGAUUGGAAGCAAAGUAAUGGGGAAUCUAGUGAUCGCCAGAUAAACAUUCCAAAAGCUAUAGAUUCUGAUGUUUUUGAUGUGGAGAAGCCUGUGGUUUUCACAUACGAAGAAAUUCUGUCUUCAACUGAUGGUUUCUCUGAUGCAAAUCUUCUUGGUCAUGGAACAUAUGGCUCUGUGUAUUAUGGCCUCCUCCGUGACCAGGAAGUUGUGAUCAAAAGAAUGACUGCUACGAAAACUAAAGAAUUUAUGUUGGAAAUGAAAGUUCUUUGCAAGGUUCAUCAUUCAAAUUUGGUAGAAUUGAUUGGUUAUGCAGCAAGCGAGGAUGAGCUUUUCCUUAUUUAUGAAUAUGCACAAAAGGGUUCACUUAGAAGCCACUUGCAUGAUCCUCAGAGCAAGGGUCAUACAUCACUUUCUUGGAUCAUGAGGGUUCAGAUUGCACUUGAUACUGCUAGAGGUCUGGAGUACAUUCAUGAGCAUACUAAACCUCAUUAUGUGCAUCGAGAUAUCAAGACAAGCAACAUCUUACUGGAUAGUGCUUUUCGAGCAAAGAUUUCAGAUUUUGGGCUGGCAAAACUUGUUGGAAUAACUAAUGAGGGAGAAGCUUCAACUACAAGAAUUGUUGGAACUUUUGGUUAUCUGGCUCCUGAAUACUUGCGGGAUGGCCUAGCCACGAAGAAAAGUGAUGUCUAUGCAUUUGGUGUUGUUCUUUUUGAGAUGAUAUCAGGAAAGGAGGCCAUCACACGAACAGAAGGCAGUAUGAUGAAGAACCCUGAUAGACGUUCAUUGGUAUCCAUUAUGCUAGCAGCUCUUAGGUGCUCACCUGACUCCACGAGUAUGUCAAGCAUGAAAGAUCACAUUGAUCCUAAUUUGAUGGAUUUGUAUCCCCACGACUGUCUUUCCAAGAUGGCAGUAUUGGCGAAGCAAUGUGUGGAUGAAGACCCCAUUUUGCGCCCAGAUAUGAAGCAAGUUGUGAUUUCAUUGUCACAGAUCCUCUUGUCCUCUAUUGAGUGGGAAGCAACUCUUGCCGGGAACAGCCAAGUAUUCAGUGGGCUUGUUCAAGGAAGAUAGGUAUCGGAAUGCUAUUUUAGACAUUCUCUUGUUCUUCCUCGACACCAUCAAUGUCUCUCACGCACUCUUAUAGUUGUGUGCAUAGUAGCAUAGAGGUUCAACUGUAAUUGUCAAUAUUGUGAUAUUCAUGCAUCAUGUGAAUUGUCUUUAUAUUUUUCUUUUCUUUUUUUUUUAAUUUUUUUUUUCUUUUAAUUUUUUUUAUGAUGUAUUAUUUUUGAAGUUGUUUUGCGAGAAUUUUUUUUGAUGCAAUGAUGGAGCUGGCCGGAGCUUAUGAGUA